CUGGCCAGGGACUCAAACGGUGGGACUCAGAAACAAGACUUGAAUGGUCGCGUUCCGAAAUCUCUCGAUCUUUCUUUAUCAGACUCUAAUGUCAAUUUAGUAAAUUUUCCAGUCCUCAUCAUUUCCGUACUCUACUAUUCCCUUACUCUCUCUAGUCUUUAUUUAAAUUCUAAGCAAGAGACUGAAAAAGAAUUUUUUAAUCUGAGACUCUAACCUCCCUAGACUCUAUUUUCCUAAAGUUUCUCGAUUCUUCUAUAAUCUGACUCUAAUGUCCAUUAAAUUUCUCCAGCCUCCUCAUUUCCGUACUCUACUAUCCCUAUACUCUAGUGUCCACUUUCUUGUAUUUUGUACUCUCUUCCCAUAGUAGUUACACGCAAUUUUGUCUAGGUAUUUUUUCUCUUUUUCUUUAUCAUCCAUUGUCUCUCAUCAAAAAAUCAAUUUUAUAUAUUUGUCCUUCUCUUAAGUUAAGGUUAAUAGUGUUCGUUGUUCAAAAAAAUUUUUAUUGCAUUUUAAAAAAGAAUCUCUUCCCACUUUUUUUGACGAGAGAUCAUUAGGGGGAACAUUUUUAUAAAAAUUUUUUGUUCUUUUCAUUUUUAUAAGAAGAAAGACUGGAGGAAUUUACCUAUUGUUAGUUUAGUUAGUUUAGAGAUUUUUAAAGUUUUUAGGGAGGUCAAAAAAAGUCUUUAAUUCAUUCGCAGACUUUGUAUUUUGUUGUGAUUUUGUCAACAAUUUUUUGUUUAUUUAUUGUUUAUCUAUUGUUUAUUGAAAUUCAGCGAGAUUGGUUGUUUAUUUUUUUGAAAUAUCGAUUGAAGUUUGAACUUUGAUCUUCGAAUAUGUCUCCUAGUUUAAGGCAAACUGACUUUUCCUACUAGUUUCGACAUUUUUAUUUUUCGGUUAAUCGAAUUCGACAUUUUGAAAUUCUCUUAAUUUUACACUUUAAAGUUCCUCUACUUUCCUAUAAAAGCCGAUACCGAACUGCAAACUUUUUCUUUUUUCACGUAGAGUUAAUCGUCUGUCUUUUAGGCGCGGUUCGUAUUUUUUAUUUUUCCUUACAUUUUCGAAACUUGUGUCCCCUUUUUUCGUAUUCGUGCUUACAAUUUCUAUUUAAUGCAACUUAAAGUCCCAUUUUACAGAUUAUAAAGACAAGUUUAACCUUGUGUGACUUUAUCUUUAUUCCUGUCUAAAUCUAACAAAUUGUAACAACAAAUAAAAAUGGGCGAGCAAGACAAAAAGAAAGCUGGCGGCGGCGAUGGUGGCAAAAAGAAGGACGGCUUCGAUGCCAAAAAGUUUGCGAUUGAUUUGGCUUCUGGAGGGACUGCCGCUGCGGUUUCUAAGACGGCUGUGGCGCCUAUUGAGCGUGUCAAGUUGUUGCUACAGGUUCAAGACGCUUCUCAGCACAUCGCUGCCGAUAAACGCUAUAAGGGAAUAAUUGAUGUGCUUGUUCGUGUGCCCAAAGAACAGGGAGUCCUUGCUUUUUGGCGUGGUAAUCUGGCUAACGUGAUUCGUUACUUUCCAACGCAAGCUCUCAACUUUGCGUUCAAGGAUACUUACAAAAGGAUCUUCAUGGAAGGUGUUGAUAAGAACAAACAGUUUGGCAAAUUCUUUUUGAUGAACUUGGCUUCUGGUGGUGCUGCUGGUGCUACUUCUUUGGCUUUUGUCUAUCCUUUGGACUUUGCUCGUACUCGUUUGGCUGCGGACGUUGGAAAGGCCGGAGCUCGUGAGUUCAACGGACUUGCUGAUUGUCUCGUCAAAAUAUUCAAAUCUGAUGGUCCUAUUGGUUUGUAUCGAGGAUUCUUCGUCUCUGUUCAGGGCAUUAUCAUCUAUCGUGCGGCAUAUUUUGGCUGUUUUGACACUGCAAAGAUGUAUUUUGCUAAAGAUGGACAGAAACUGAACUUCUUUGUGAGCUGGGCUAUUGCUCAGGUUGUUACCGUCUCUUCUGGAAUUCUUUCCUAUCCUUGGGACACCGUUCGUCGACGUAUGAUGAUGCAAUCUGGACGCAAGGAUAUUCUCUACAAGAACACUUUGGACUGCGCCAUCAAGAUCAUCAAGAAUGAGGGUCCUCAGGCUAUGUUCAAAGGAGCGCUUUCCAAUGUCUUCCGUGGUACUGGUGGUGCAUUAGUGCUCGCCUUCUACGAGGAGAUUCAAAAGUAUGUUCAUCUAAUCUAG